GUUAAGUCUCAUGGUUUUUCUGAUUAAUGACCAUGGCCUUUAUUUUGUUUGUGUAUAAAUUAUCCAAUCUGAACAAUACAAAAUAACAUUUCAACUAUCGAACAUACAUCAAGUGGAAGAAAUCUAAAAUGGACAAGAUUACAUUUAUGUGUUUGCUUUACACCAUGUUAUUGAUAAUCCCAGGACCAAUUCUAGGAUUAGCCUUAGCUAAGACUAAGGCUGAAGAUGAAAAGCGUCAGGCGCAAGUAUUACUACCACUAGCAUCAUACGCAGGAUUAUCGGUUACAGGGCCUUUAUUUCUUGCAUUAGUAGCGGCGUAUGGGGUAUAUGCUGUCAUCAAUUAUGGAAUAAAGUCGGACCAUGACAGUCAUUCCUGUGCCAAUAACAGAGGAUGGUGUCGAGCUGUUUGUCACAGUAACGAACAGGUUGAUAAUUAUCAUAGUGAUAUUUGUGGAGCGUACAAAUGCUGUCGCCAUUACGGUUAAGAGAGACUGCAAUCAAUAAAGCUAUUUGUCUGUUA